CUCGGAAAAGGAACGUUAUGAAUCAUUAAUAAAAGUAGUAUUGCAUUCCGUAUAUAGUCAUCAACGUUUAUGAAGAGUAUUGUUCAUGCUCGUCAUGACGCCUUUGUCAACAAUUUAUGUUACAAAAUUUAGAAAAACAAAAAAAUCGAUUAACAUAUACAUUGUUAAGAGAAUGAGAGGUUAUGAAGCCAUAUAAGUAUUCCUCAAUGCCUCCUUUUGCUUAGUUUAGGUUUAGGACUUGAGUCGCGUACAUGCCCGCCGGAACCUUUCCUUCACCAACCACGAAAUAUUCAAUAUGCUGAAUUUGGAUUACAAUAACAUUUUCCUUUAUGAACUAUUGACGGAGCGCUUGUCGAGUCCUACGCCCGUUGGCAUCGAUCAAGUCGUUACGGAUUUUGACGGGGUCCUAUUCCAUGUUUCGACGCCAGAGACAAAGACGAAGAUUGUCGUCAGUUUGUUUAUGAAGUGUUUUGCUGAAUUGGAGCAGUACGGCAGUGGCGAGCUGUUAAAUGCUACUUACGGAUCCUAUGUUCAAACACCCGCUGAGUCUGGUUACAAUUUCAGUAUCCUUAUUGACCUCGAGAACCUCCCCGAGUCCAUUGAAGAGCGUCAAAAGUUGGCAUUUGACGUUUCCAUGCUGAAGCGUAAUGCUCUUGCUGCACCUUUUCAUCGUGCUUUCGCUAAGCAGGAAGAACUUGCUGCAGCUGUCGCUCAAACGCCUGACAACGCACAAUUGAUUGAUGCCGAAUCUAGAAAGAAUAACAUUAUGGCUAUCCACUACCGUGCGGAGGAGACCAUUGUUAUUUUGCCUGAACACGAUCGGGUUACUAUCGUCUUUUCCACCAAAUUCCGUGAGGAGACCGACCGUGUGUUUGGAAAGGUCUUCUUGCAAGAGUUUGUUGAUGCUCGUCGCCGUCCUGCCAUUCAAACUGCACCCCAAGUGUUGUUCUCUUACAAGGAACCUCCUUUGGAAGUCCGUGAUGUUCCCGACAUUAGCAAAGGCGAAGACGACAUCGGAUACGUUACGUUCGUGCUUUUCCAACGCCAUUUUACUCCUCAAGUGCGUGAAGCCUGCAUUUCUCACAUUCAAGUAUUCCGCAAUACUCUUCACUACCACAUCAAAGCCUCCAAGUCUUACAUGCAUCAACGCAUGCGCAAGCGUGUUGCCGACUUCCAAAAGGUGUUGAACCGUGCCAAGCCCGAUGUUGAGACGGAGAAGAAGACAGCUUCUGGUCGUUCGUUUGUUCGCGUCUAGAAUCAUUUUUGUCUUUCCAUGUUAUGUCCGUUAUUCCUACGUCCACUGCCCUACACUCUAAGUUCGGCACCAACUACUCAUUCCUUCAGGCAAUUCGUGCACUGUGCAUGCCAUCAUCGUAUCUAAACACGCGCUUAUUCUACACUUUUUUGUCACACACCAAUUCGGCACACACAUUAGCUGUCGUAUGAAGACUUGUCCAAAUGUCAUUGCUCUAUGCGUCUCGGAACGUCAAUCUUCGUUUAUGAUCAUAUGCGUUAUGGUCGGCCGACUUCCUUUUGCGGCGUCGGUUGCUCGAUGAAGUGUUUUCGUCUCCAUCCUCGUCAGUGUACAAUCGUGAAAACAUCUGCGUGCCCUUGACACCUGCUGUGCUAGAGGACAACGAAAAUAGUCUGUCAGACUCGUGAAAUUCAUUUCUUCGUCUCAAGUUGUUGGAUGUUGUGGACUUGAGCAACCCAUCAAAACCAUGAACGAUAUUUCCCGUUCUCGCAGUGCUCUCGAGAUACGUUCCCUCGAGCUUGUAGAUGGAAUCUUCUAUGCCCAAUAACGACGAUUCCAAUUCUAUUUUUUUUUCCAUCAGUUCGUGCAGCUCUUUUUUACAUUUUUCGUAAUAACUUAACGAAUUUUCGGGUUCCUAUUACAGUCGGAUAUUAGCGUAACGAUUCUUGGUGAAUGUAACGAUGAAUCAAUCCAAUUUUCUAUUUCAAAAUAAAACUCUCAUUACUAAAGCUUCACGUA